AUGGCAAAUAUGACAUCCACUUUAGACGAUCAACAGGAACGCCACUAUAUUGGUAAUCUCUUAUGUGAAGAGGAUGUUUUUGGGCAGACAAAUGGUCACACUAUUGAAACAAGUGGAAGCGGUAGUGUACCAUCCGGAAAUGUAUUACCAAGUUCCGGUCCAAUUGGCCCGACUCCAAACCGCACCUUCUGGCCAGAACCACCACCGCCGUAUAGUCCAUGUUCUAUUGGCUCACCACACUGGACAUCAUCUGGUCAAAGUGCUGGACUAUUGGCUCCACCACCAGUUGCCGUACCUUAUGGCCAAACACCCACUGCAACAGCUGUAACGCGCACUGAUUUUUAUCAAUCAUCUUUUGGAAGGCAUGACGAGUGGGAUAAUGUACCAAGUGCAACUAUGGAUGCAUACAUGUCGACUGGAAUGCCAUAUUCUUCUCACCGAACGGUAUCGAUUUUGAAGUCACUUAUGGCACCCAAUAGUACUUUGGAUAAAAUGCAACAACAUCAUUAUCAAAAUAUGUACCGACAUCACCAGCAGCAUCUUGGGAAUUCUCCAGUUGAUCCACGAAUUUUUGCAACUCCUCCACCACGUGUUUAUUCUAACGUCGGUGAAAGUGGCGUAGUGCAUAUUGAUUCAUACUUACCACAACAUGUACCACCGAAGGGGAUUAAAAAGACAACAAGUAGUUCGAUAGAAGAUGUUUCUUCAAGCUUGUUUUUACCGGAAGCAGCUAAAAGUGUGGUUCUACCACUGAGUAAAAGCUAUCGCGACGCUGCUUCCAAGAAAGAGCAUGUUGUGUCAAGUUCAGCACUUUCCUCUUUUGUAUCAAGUCCACCAGCGUCUGUACGUCAUACUUCAUCUGUUUUUUCAGGAGGAAAGGAUGAUGAUAAUCAAACUUCAAAAAGUAUAGCAUCAGCACACGCCACCAAUAGUAAUCACCAAUCGAUUGAUGAAACCUCAGUUGUGGUAUCGUCUUGUACCGUGAGUGAUGUUUACAACGAACCGAAUGAAGGAACUGUCCAUCUCAAAAACAAAGUUGCGACUAAGAAAGGAUGUGAUCGUAUGAAGAAAAAGGCUGAUUAUGAAUUCCAAAAAAUCACUCAUAAGAAAAACAAAGGUGUCAAAAGCAACAAAAAUGAUCAAGUGAUCACUGAUGAAGAUGGGCUAGCCGGUAAUCAGGCUGUGGAUGCUUCCAGUCGUUUUGAUGUUUUACAGUCUCUUGGAACACAAGCUACAAAUACAGUUCUACGUCGCGUCACGCGUCGAUCUUUGUCAUCAGUGGUUGUUCAUCACGAAUCAUCGGUGGAUGUAACUGCAACAAAACCAAAAAUUGAAAAUACAGAAAAGAUUGAUAAAGACAGCAGCACACUAACUGAGACUAAAACUAAGGAAUUCAGUCAAAAUGGAAUUAAAUCUUCAGGCUUCUCUUCAGCUCAGCGUAAUGUAUUCAAAAAAAUGAUUGGCGCUCGUCGUGAUCUGAAUACACAGUCAUUGAUUGAUUCUGCGAGAUGCGGCCGAAAACAGCGUAAUUCUAUUAGAAAGCGUCAAAACAGCAUAGCAGACUAUAUAAAUAUAAUGAUAGCGCUUGUAUUUUCUAUCAUCAAACAUGCUUUUCAAUGGAUUAUGGAUCUUUUGUCAGAUAUAUCGUUGCAGCUGUUGGAUAUCACUCUUUAUACAAUUAUCGCUGGUUACACUAGUAUUGUUCUCAACAUCCAACUAUGCUGGUAUUCCAUGUUGGAUGCUCAGAGAAAAUGCUGGGAAAAUAUUCGUUUGUUCAACGUAAAAAGAAUGUGGACGAAUAAGAAAAAAGUUGUCGAGUGGGGUCUAAAUGAAAAUAUUCAGUUGCCGGUAACAGGCGAAGAAGCAAUGGAACGGAUUUUGAAAUGUCGUGGGCGUGAUGCAUAUAUGGUGCUAGGUUUAAGGGCUGACUGUAAAGAUGAUGAUAUUAAGCGAUAUUAUAAAAAGCAAGCCGUUCUAGUGCAUCCUGAUAAGAACCGUUUAAGUGGAGCAGAUGAAGCUUUCAAGAUUCUUUCGAGAGCUUUCGAUGCAAUUGGUACACCAGAUGUUCGGAACAAAUAUAAUAUUGCUAAUUUACAUAAAAAUCCGCUGCACAAGGAAAUGGAAGAAUUAUGGGAGCGUUUACGUGAAAAGAUGAAUGAGGCGCGGAAUGCUAUGUACUGCGACUGUGGUAAUAAGCAUACACGUAUACCACUAGAAAGUAUUCGAGCUUCAGAAGCUCGAUACUGUAAGAAAUGUAAACUUCGUCAUCCUGCUAAACAUAAUGAUAUUUGGGCAGAAACUCGUUUCGGUGGCUUUAUUUGGAUCUAUUAUGCAUGUUUGGAUGGCGUAAUCUAUGAUAUUACUCAGUGGGCUACUUGUCCGAGUAAUCACUUGAAACAUAUGAAAGCUAACAGUCAUUUGGUGCAAUAUCGUUUAGUGACAACGACCGGGCCAUCAAUAAAUAAAAACCCGUCGAGACAGACUAAAACUGGACAGGGAAGACAUGAGUACGAUGACUUGUGCUGUUAUAAUCGAGGAGCACCGGACAAUGAUAGUUGUACUUGCUCGAUAUCGCUUGGUUACGGUGCUCCGGCUACAGCAUCACAGCAAGCAUCCUAUCGUCCACCGGAUAGGAACCCGUUGAACGGUGAUCGACCGCGUCGCGCUGGGAGACGUCGAAGGCAGCGCUAA